CAUUGAGGAGAGGAAAGAUGGCAGCCGCGGCAGUGGCUGAGUUUCAAAGAGCCCAGUCUCUUCUCGGUACAGACCGGAAUGCGUCGAUUGAUAUUUUACAUUCAAUUGUAAAGCGUGACAUUCAGGAGAGCGAUGAGGAGGCGGUACGUGUCAAAGAACAGAGCAUUCUGGAACUGGGGGGUCUUCUGGCUAAGACGGGCCAGGCUGCAGAGCUGGGUGGCCUGUUGAAGUAUGUCCGUCCAUUCCUAAACUCCAUCAGCAAGGCUAAAGCAGCCAGGCUUGUGCGCUCUCUGCUGGACAUGUUCCUGGACAUGGAGGCAGCCACGGGCCAGGAGGUGGAUCUGUGUCUGGAGUGCAUAGAGUGGGCCAAGGCUGAGAAGAGAACCUUCCUCAGGCAGGCUCUAGAGGCACGUCUGAUCUCUUUGUACUAUGACACAAAGCAAUACCAGGAGGCUCUCCAGCUCGGCACCCAGCUGUUGCAGGAGCUGAAGAAGAUGGAUGACAAAGCUCUCCUGGUUGAGGUGCAGCUGCUGGAGAGUAAGACGUACCACGGCCUUAGUAACCUGCCUAAGGCCCGUGCCGCCCUCACCUCUGCCAGGACAACUGCCAACGCCAUUUACUGCCCGCCCAAACUGCAGGCUGCGCUUGACAUGCAGUCAGGGAUCAUUCACGCGGCCGAGGAGAAGGACUGGAAGACGGCCUACUCCUACUUCUACGAGGCCUUUGAAGGAUACGACUCCAUCGACAGCCCCCGAGCCAUUACAUCACUCAAAUACAUGCUGCUCUGCAAAAUUAUGCUCAAUGUGCCAGAGGAUGUCCAGACUCUGACCAGUGGAAAGCUAGCCCUGCGGCACGCUGGGAGACAGACAGAUUCACUGAAGUGUGUGGCCCUAGCCAGCAAGAACAGGUCGUUGGCAGACUUUGAAAAGGCCCUGACAGAGUACAGAUCCGAACUGAGGGAUGACCCCAUAAUAAGCACACACUUGACAAAACUCUAUGACAACCUUCUGGAACAGAACCUCAUAAGGGUUAUUGAGCCUUUCUCAAGGGUCCAGAUGGAACACAUUUCCAGCCUCAUCAAACUCUCCAAGGGAGAUGUUGAGAGGAAACUGUCACAGAUGAUUCUUGACGAGAAGUUUCACGGUAUCUUGGACCAAGGCGAGGGUGUGCUGAUCAUCUUUGAAGAGCCCCUGGUAGACAAGACAUAUGAGGCUGCCCUGGAAACCAUUCAGAACAUGAGCAAAGUGGUGGACUCCCUCUACAACAAAGCCAAGAAGCUCACAUAGAGAGCCAACCACCUGCACCCAGCCCAGAGUGAGCUCAGCCUGUCUGUGGACCAGUCACUCUAGGUUAAGCGCAGGGCAUGACAGAGGUUUCUACGGACUUCCACAACCCAGCAAGCGAAGAAACCGACCGACCAACUGAGCGACCAACUAAAACACAAAUGGACAGGACUAGGCCGUAACCACACCACCAAGUUUGUCCCCCCCAAUGCCAAGUCUGUCCCCUAACUCCCUGCUUAAGAGCCCCUAUCGCCCUGACAGGCAUUGCUCUGAAAGAGCUUUCCCCACGGACAAUUACAGAUACACCUACACUCAUCACAGGUUUCAGUGUAACUGGGCAGCCUUUCUCUCACUGCUGAUCAAUCAGGGAAUCUUGUAUGAUAAUGCAGAUACAUAUACAUACAUGUAUGAUACAUAUAGAUUUCGAUCAGAUUAUAACUGGUAGGUGGGUUGACUGCCUAAAGAUUGGGUUCUCUUUGCCAACCCCUCUCCCCCCCCCGGCUCUGAAUAUGCUCAUGUUUUGUCAGAGAAGAACCUUUCUUCCCCUUCCAAUUAUACCAGCUCACCAGAAGAACAGUUUGUACAGCUGGCUGGCACCCCACCUCCCCCAUCCCCUUUUGAAGUGAACUGUGCCCAUUGACCCCCUUGACUUUGACACAGACACACACACAUUGAUGGCAUUCUGGUAAGGACAAGUGGACAGUGAAAUGUCCUACUGUCCAUGAACACACCACAGGAAGAUUAAACUGUCAUCAAGCUCUAAAGCUUGUGCAACACUUAUGAUCCCCUAUCCUUGUUUGUACAUAAUAUUGCCAAGCGCCUCUUUUCAUCUCUUGAGGCCUGUUAUAUUCACACGUUCCCCCCUUUUUUUUACAACGCUAAAAAGAGAAUCAAAAGGCCCCCACAGUGAGAGCUUAGUCACACAGUGCUUAUGUGAAUGAUUUGUUUCAAUGAAAUGUGACUGGGGGAAUGAGUUGUUUAUUAGAAUUGUAUUUAGAGAGGGGUUUGCUUGAAGAAAAAACUGUAAGGUUGGGAAAUGACAGUGGGGACUAGAGGGUUUCCUAUAUAUGACAUAGAGAAAGACAAGUGCUAAUAAAAAAACGUGAAAAAUA